ACCUCCAACGCCGGCUUCCCCCAACAAAACACCCUUGGUGCUCGCCGUUCACGGUGCGUCACCGCCGUUAUUAGCUGCUCUCCUCCGGACGAACACAGUGUUCUCACUCUUACCGUACUCUUCUCCAUAUCCAGAUUGAAACAGCUGAAUCAAAUCAAACCCUAGAACUGAAAUCAGAGAUCUUUCGAAAAUCUAAGGCCAGAAAUGAAGAGCCAAAGCAGUUAUGUGCCUCCACCUUACAUACCUUUGGGACAAUCUGACUCAGAGCUUCCUCUCCCCGCUCAUCCCGCUUCACCUCAAGAUGGAGCUGUGCAGUCCCAGUGGUCUUCUGGAAUCUGUGCUUGCUGCGACGAUAUGCAGAGCUGUUGUAUAGGUCUCUUCUGCCCUUGCUUUUUGUUUGGGAAGAAUGCAGAGUUCCUGGGGUCAGGCACUUUAAUGGGAUCGUGCAUUACCCAUUUUAUUCUUUGGGGCUUUAUCAAUUCUCUAUGCUGUAUAUUGACUGAAGGUUUUUUGUUGGGAUUACCCGGAUGCUUUGUUGCAUGUUAUGCUUGUGGCUACCGCAAGGCACUACGCGCAAAGUAUAAUUUGCAGGAAGCGCCGUGUGGGGAUUUUGCAACCCAUUUUUUCUGCCAUCCAUGUGCCAUUUGCCAGGAGUACAGAGAGAUUCGUGAAAGGGCUGGAGAUUCCAAUAACCUGGCUGUUGUUACUGCCCCACCUGUCCAAACAAUGGAGUUAGAUCCCAAAUAAUGAUUCUAUCAUCUAAUGUUUCUUUCAUUGAUGGAACCGUUUUCUUGGGUCGUACUCGUCUCAUUUCUUUCUGAUGUAAUCCGAGUUGUUAUGGUUGCCAUAUAUAACUUUGUGCUUGCUUGACUUUGUCUUCAGUUCCGAGCUUCUUCAUUCUUCAAUAUAAACAAGAGUACAACGUUAAUAGUAACCUUGUACACUAAUACAGUGGCAUGUUAAUA